AUGGUCGUCGCCAGCACAAUCAUGCGCGCCUCGCGCCCGGCCUUCCGACAAGGCGCCUUCUCCGCACAGGCUUCCCAGGCCUUCCGCGCCCAGCGAUUCCGCUUCCGCGAGAGCAGCAGGAGAUGGCAGAGCACGGCCGACGGUGCCCAGCAGCAGCAGCAGCACCAGAGCUGGUUCAAGCGCGCGUGGGAGAGCGAGGUCGGCAUCAAGACGGUGCACUUCUGGGCCCCCGUCAUGAAGUGGGCUCUCGUGCUCGCCGGUAUUUCCGACUUUGCCCGCCCCGCCGAGAAGCUCUCGUUCACGCAGAACUUUGCCCUGACGUGCACCGGUCUGAUCUGGACGCGGUGGUGCCUGAUCAUCAAGCCCAAGAACUACCUCCUCGCUGCCGUCAACUUCUUCCUCGGCCUCGUCGGCAUCGUCCAAGUCACCCGCAUCGCCAUGUACGAAUCCGCCAAGAAAAAGGGCCUCUCACAAGUCGUCGACGACGUCAAGAAAGACGUCAAGGACCAGGUUAAAGCCUAA